AUGCAUAUCGAAGUUAGAGACAUCCAUGCGGCUGCCCGUCAGCUUCCUCAACCUGACUUAGCGCCUGGAAUCCUUGGCGUCCUCUCAAUGGCGGACGCAAGCGCGGAUUGGGCUGAUCGGCUUGCCUCCGAUCAGGCGUUAUCGUCAGACGAGGAAGACUUUGUGUCAAGCCAAAGCACAGCGUCGGCAGAUCCCGAGACUCGCGAUCAAAAGCAUCUUCCUUCCGCACUUAGAAACCUCCACCUUGAUACCUCGCAACACUCAAGUCAGACCUCCAACCAGAACCUUACUCGGACCUCCACACCUGGCGCCAGCGCCUCGAAUAUGGGUACCUCGGAGAUGACGCCCGAGAAGAAGAAAAUGGAGUUACUCGAUUUGCCUUUAGACGUGCUAAAGGAUAUCGUCAAAGAGGUGACACAUACGAAUGACCUCACUUCACUUGCACUAACAUGCUCCGCCCUCCACAACCUCACUAUUCCGCAUAUGUACUCCCGUUUUGACAUUGUCUGGCCCGAGUCGCUGAACCCUUCGACGGACGAGUACACCGGAGUGGAUGCCUUGUCUUAUGGGUUGUCCACUCUCGUGAUGGGCGAGGAUGUAUUCCACCAACUGCCGCUACCAAAACAUAAUCAGCAAUCGCCCGCCUGCGCACAUUGUGGCUGCAAUGACCCUGCCCACCAACCAAACCAGACACAGGCUGUAACUCCCGGGUUUCGGUCGCGGCGAGGAAACUACUAUGCGCAGUACACUCGCACGUUCUCGAUUGGCAAUGGUCCAUUGAGCUGGGUCCAGGAAUACUCGGUGAACAGGGAGGUGGGCAAGAUGUUAGGGACUCUUGUGGCCUUGGCCGUGGCGCGGAUGGUUAAUCUUGAGGCAUUCAUCUGGGACAUGCCAACAGGUGUCGUUCGUGAGAUCUGGCUUGCCCUUGCGUCACUCGCCAACCGACCGGGUCAUGAAUGUCGCCUGGAGCGGGUCUGGGUGCGCUGGCAUGAUAAUUCAGAGCAUUUGCUGCGCCCUAACACCUCGCUUUUGUCGUCUUUGUUGAGUACUCUGAAGAACACCCAUAUCGAACACCCUUCACUAUCGGUGUUGCCGCCGCUGAAGAGCGUGACUAUUCUUGACAUAGACGAGGCAGCCUAUGUGGAUGAGCUUGCAAUUCUAAUCGAGCGGUCUCGUGAUCGCUUGGUUGAACUCCGGAUCGGGAUAUCCUCAAAGGCCAGUGUGUUAAACUGGGUUCGCUGCCUCAAGGACACCGAUAAUUCCUUGAACUCACCCAAAUUUUGGCCAAGAGUUGCUGGAGUGCUCAGUAUUCUCUCUAAGCCUGAGGAACCGGCUCAGCAGAAUGGCAGCAUUACAAGCUCCUCCGCAGUUGAGGAGUCAGUGCAAUCAGAAUCUUCCUUAUCAACCGAGCAAGAUAAAGAGCGAGAGACCGAGAUCCAACAAGAGACAAACCACUCAUCGCAAGGCGACGACAAGCAGUCCUCAUUGUCGAGCAAUAAGAGGGAUGUUCCACUGAUCGCAGGCGUCCUCACCUCCACUCCCAAGACCCGUACUCCUUACUAUGGUGACCAGGCCAAUAAUGAUAAACUGAAACUUCAGGUCUUUGAAUUGGAGCGAGUUCCUCUACAUGUGGCAACUCUUCUCCCAACCAUCGAGUGGACGCGUCUCACUACUCUUACUUUGAUGGCAUGUGCGGACCAUGAAAGCCUCUGGAGAGCAUUACGCCGAAAAUAUGCUCCGCCACCUGUACCAGCAAACAAGCUCAAAGGCGAUCGUCGUCCAAGUAUUGAGGCCUCAGAGUACUCCCUCAACCUCAAGCAUCUGCGAACGGAUAACGUCUCUCCCUAUCUGAUGCUUUUUAUCAAGGAGGCCAUCGCUCCCAAUACCCUAGAGAGCGUGUACCUGCAUGAAGCGCCCGACUAUGAUUCAACCGUCCAGAUAGAUGCCAUCUACAAGCACAUACUCCGUAGGCACCGACUGAGCCUGCGAAAGGUCCUUAUUGACGCAUCGGAGCGAUUCAUCAGUGGCCCGGAUCUCCCAGAUAGCCGCUGGCAGAAAUGGACGUUCAACCGCGACAUGGUCUCUUUCGUCACCGGGGGCCGUAUGCCACAGUUACGGGAAUUGGGAAUGGCGAUGGAUCAUCUGCACUGGCAUCACUUCCUCCAACGACUCCCUAACAUGCCGCGUCUCUACGCCCUCUACUUAACUCAUAUCGGGAAUACGCCCCAGCGCGAUCUGAAAGAGCUCGCCCUCCAAGUAUUGGAUAUCGUCAGCAUACGCCCUGACCUUAAAAUCACCUACAUCGGUCUACAAGGGAAAUGCUACCAGAUCCUCGAAGGAGGGCGUGAAGGGGAGUUUGACGAGACGCCCGGAGUCGAUCGCCAUUCAGGUGUAGAUGACGACGGCGUCUUUGAAGAGGAAAACAGUGACGGCCACCAACAUUUCAGUGCAUUGGAUGACUCGGGACACCUUUCCAGCGAUCUCUCCGAUGGGUACGAUGACACCGAGCAGGAGGAUGAGGGUGUAUCACGAGUGCGAUUCCGGCUACAAGAGAUUCUCUUUUACGACGAUAAGAUAUCCAUUUUCAAGGCCCGGCACGGGGUCAUCUGA